ACUUUAUGCCAGUUUCAAGUAAUAUACAGUUUUUGUUGCGCGUUAUUAUUUUAGGCUGCAAUAGGAGCAAGUGAGAUGGCAUUCUUUAUCUUACCUCUUAUCUUAUCCAAACGGUGCUCCCGUUUAUCCGUUAUCCUUAUCCGCCAAUUAUUUUGUAUUUGGAAAACAGCAAUGGUUUUGUUUACGACCGAUACAAACGAAUAAUAUAUACAACAAUAAUAAAAGAAUACAUAUUUUAUUUCGACAUCGACACUAUGACUUCGCGUAAACAAAGUUUUUAUGGCUAGUCUGUAUACAAUUUUUCGACCUUAGCCACUGGGACCUUUAUACUAGUAAGUGGUUAGUGUGGUCGAGGAUCUCUUUAGGUUGAAGGCAUAGCACCAUCUAUCUUUCUCCACGAAUUUAACAUGAACACUUGAUACAAUUUUCUUGUGUUUUUAUAAACACUUCCAUAUAUCUUAUAUUAUAACAACAAACCUGAUACAGGAAAACAGUUUAUCAAUUCAAUUAAUAUUUCACACAAUUGUAUAAUAAUUUAACAAUUGCAUAAUGUCUUACAAUCUGAUUAUCUUAUUUUAAAAGAGCACGUACUUAUCGUUACCGUUCAACACUUUAAAUGCAGAUGCAUAACAAUUAGCAAUUUAUAACCUCGAAACCAAAAAGAUCGAAAUGAAGAAUUCGCUUGGUAUUUAUAAUCUAUGUCAAAAAAAAUUAUAAGAACCUCAUUUACAUUGAAAAAUAAUGGAGUGGCAAAUAAUUAUAUUUGCCGCCAUUUUUGGCGUUACUCUUGCAAUGGAGAAUAAUUUGAUAGUGACAACGACGGAGGGCCAAGUUCAGGGUAGUUUAGCAUCCAGUGGCUUAUAUUAUGAGUUUUUAGGGAUUAGAUAUGCUGUACCAAUCAAAUUUCGGGCACCAGCACCACCUGAAUCCUUCACUGGUAUCUACAAAGCUGACAAUCGCGCUGUUCUUUGCCCCCAAUUUCCCACAUACGAUCCGCUCGCUGCCCCAAGCGAGAACGAAGAUUGCCUUGUUCUCAACGUAUUUACCCCUGCAUUCAUUAACUCUACUUGUCCCGUAAUGGUCUUUCUCCAUGGAGGAGAUUUUGGUGUCGGUUCCUCUACGCCAAUAUUUUAUGGGCCGCAGUUUCUCAUCAGCCAUGGCGUUAUAGUAGUAACAGUUAACUAUAGACUGAACGCUUAUGGUUUUCUCAAUUUAGGCAUCAAAGAAGCACCAGGAAAUGCUGGGUUGAAGGAUAUAAGGGCGGCGUUGCGGUGGGUACAGAAGAACAUUAAGAAUUUCCGAGGAGACCCUAAUAAUGUGACUGUUUUUGGUCAAGGCAGCGGUGGAGUAGCCGCUAUUUACCUGACUAUGUCGCCAAGUACGAAAGGAUUGUUCCAUCGAGUUAUAUCUGAGAGUGGAUCCCCAUUUUCCCCUCACGUUUUCGACCAUAGUCCACUCAAAACAGCUAGUCAUUUAGCCAAGUCUCUUAGUAUGAAAUCUGAAGAUCCAAAAACUCUGCUCAAACUUUACAGGGAUACUCAGAUAAGCAAAGUAGAAGAGGCAAUAGGUAAUCAAAUGAAUGCUAAAUCAGUAUUCCUUCCAUCUGUAGAAAAAGUGUACAAAGACGAAGAACCAUUUUUGACUGAUACUCCAUUUAAUAUUCUCUCAAACAGACCUGAGUAUUUCCAUCCAGUACCAGCAAUUAUUGGUAUAAAUACUGUCGAAGGUCUGUCUUCUAUUUUAGACUAUAAUACAGUUACAGGCCAAAUGGAUAGAAUACAUCACGAAGACUUUUCAGCGUUGGACCAAAGGAACUUCAAUCCUGAAGACAAAGAAGAUUUCCGAAAUAUGUUAAGAGAUACGUUCUUUUCUGAAAUAUCAAAUGAUGAAGCUUUGGUGGGUGGCUUGGUAAACCUGAACACAGAUUUCUGUCACGUGGGUCCAAUGUCGUUAUUUGCAGAUCUAUACGGGAAUAAUACAGAUUUAUAUCAGUAUUUAUUCAGUUAUGUUGGUAACAGAAAUCUUGGUCGUAUAUUAACUAACAGUACACUGGAUGCCACAGCAAAUUUGGACGAGUUAUUUUAUGUGUUCGAUUUGGAUAGACUGCCUUUGGAAAUGGAUGAAAAUGACGCCAGAAUUAUUACUUUCAUGACGCAGAUGUGGACAAAUUUCGCUAAAUUUGGAACCCCAACUCCCGACGUAUCAAAUGGAGAAUGGCUGCCGUAUCCCCACCAUUUAGAAAUAAACUUAGAACCACAAUACGUGGCGCCUCUCACGCCUGAGAGAGCACAAUUCUGGCGCGCACUCUUUUACAAAUAUGGCGCUGUUAUGUCAACUAAAUAAUUUUAUGUCACAGCCGUAUUCAUAAACGGUUUAAGGUUUAAAUCCAUUUGGAAGUCAAUAUAUACUUUCCCAUCGUUUUAAAUAUAAUUAAGAUAAUUUACAAAUAUAUAUAAUUUAUUUAAUGAAUGUAAGAUACACAGAUACACUCAGUCAGUGUUUCCGGCAAGACCGAGAGAGACUUUUUACUGAGUAUUAGACUCGCACUGUCCAGUGUCAACAACAUCCCAUUGUCCGCUUGCUUAGCUCAAUAGUUUUCUGGACUCUUCGCCGGUUGCUGUUAAUUUUAUAAAAAAUACUUAAAGGAACCACAGUUUUAUAAUAUUAUUAGUUUAAAUUUGGCCAUACAUUAGCUGUAAAGAAAUAAAUAAAAUCUUAGAGGUGAGACACAACUCAUAUCUCUCUAUUAGUUAUAUUAAGUAGGUAUUUCCAAACCCGUACGACUGAGGGGUCUUCAUAAAGCGAGUUAAGAGCCACCAACGCACCCUCUUAAGUAAACCUCUUGACGUUUCAAGUAUAAGUAAGACACAACUUAUUCAAUACAAAAAGUCCUCUGGGAGUUGUGCUAAAUUGUGGGCCACUCGACUGUGAGGAAGUUUCAUGGAACUGGUUCGCAGUACGCCUUAUGUUCUCGUGUUUUUUUCACAUGUGUAUAUCCAUUGUAUAAUACUUCAUUGGCGUCCUUGUAAAAUGUGUGAUGUUUGAGAGUAAAGAUAAAAUAUAUUAUUAUGAAUAGGUUGUCAAUAAAUUAUAA